UCAAACUACCCUUGGCCCACGCUUGGGUCGCACCAAGAUUCUAAAUUAUGGGUUCCCUUGUCUCUAUUAUUUUAAGCUAAUCAUCAUCAUCCUUUCCAUUAUAAAUCCUCCAUUGCUAAGAGCUUCACGAGUUUCUUCUUUCCAAUCUAUAGAGUCCCUCUUCUCUUCUGCUUAAUUAUACUGAUAUGGAAGAUUACUCUAUCAAUUCAUCUAUCCACAAAUCUGCUAUUUCUAAGGACGACUCAGUUGAAGAAAGUGGCUGGACUGCUUAUUUUGAAGAUUUCUCAAACAAUAAUCAUCAUCAGCAGCAACAAGAUAGUUAUUCUUAUAGUUUUGAUUGUGGUUCUUCCUUGAUCUCAGAUGCUGCUACUGCAUGGAAAUCACCCCACAAUAUUGACCAUCAUCACCAUGUUUUCCCCAAGAAAUUAAGGUUCAAGAAAACAAGAACUAAAGAGAUUUAUGAGGAGGAUGAUUCUUUGGAGGAUACUGCAAGCUCACCUGUCAACAGUCCCAAGGUUAGUGAUGAGUUGAAACCAAAUGAUAUGAAUCCCAGAAAGAGAGAAGACCAAGCCCAUAGUUCUCUGGGGAAGGAAACUGCCACAGACAUACAGAUUGAAGAAGAAAACAAAUUGAAAUUUCGUUAUGGGAAGAAUGAUUGUACAGAGUUAAACAAAAGAGGGUUGUGUUUAGUUCCUUUCUCAAUGUUAGCUAACUAUCUUGGUUAAUACCAUUAAUCUGCCGGCCUCAUCGUCUUUCCAAUCAUCUCGUAUAUCUGGUGGUGACAACAUAACGGGUUGCGGCCAAUUGCAAUGAAUUUCGACGACAAUGAAACCCGAAAUAAAAAAAAAAAGGGGAAGGGGGGUUCAACAACUCUCUCCCUCUCAUGUGUUCCUUGUACCUAGUAGUGCUUGUCAGAAAGAGAGUUUCAUAUUGCUCACUCUGUUAUGAACAUAUUUGUAUAUUAUCACAUGAUGAAGUUCUUUUUCUUGUAUAAAGAUACACCCCCUAUUAUCUACAUUCAAAA